UGUUCCAUGGUCAGUUCUUCCUUUUGCUGCUUGGUCCUUAUACAAAUUCCUCAGGAGAGAGACAAGGUGUUUUGGUAUGUUUUCCAUACAGCAGAACCUGACUCCCUGCACAAAAGCCAAGACUCCAAAAGUGCACUUCUUCCUCCUCCUCCCUUGAGAAAGAAGCCCCAAAGUGACCAGACUGUUCCCGUGGAAAUCUGCGACUAUCCAUAGGCACACUAUUUCUCUCCUUCCCGUGGACCAGAGCGCGGCGGGUGAACCAGACUCCUCAGGUCGGUCACACUUUGAGCAUUAUUAGACUGAGUCUUUUAUAGGAAUAUUCUGCUGAUGUCGUCCCAAAGUUGUAAAUGAAUGAUAGACGUCUUCCAUCCUGGAUCCAUCAUCUCAGUUUCCUGGCCAGAUGUUGACUCUUCUUGAUUGGUGUUGACAAACACAAGGCUUGUGUUGACUUCCUUCUUAACGUAAGGAAUGUUGCAAACAUUACCUUAAAAGAACAAUUGUCACAGUUCUUACCAGAGAUUACUUUUCAAUUCUCAUUAGCGACUUUUAAUUACAGGUAGUCAUUGCAGGCCUUAAUAUUUUACUGGUGCUUCCAAAAGUCUUAACUCCUCCAUACAUCCUUCCAUUCUUCCUUUCAUUCCCACACAUCUUAUUAAUUUCAUAUUAAUUUCAAAUCUACAACGAUAGUUUCGUGUCAAACAUCCCAGCAAUCCUUGAUGUGGGUUUGAAUUUGUUGGUUGGGGAAUUGGUGGGUCUGAAUUGGUGGCAGGAUUCCUUUGGGAAGAGGCAGGGGAUGUGGUGGCAGCGUGCGCCUAAUUUGGGAUGCUCAGGAAGCGGACCCGGGACCCAUCACGGGAAGGGAGGCAGGCCUGUAAUCUUUGUGUCCCUCAGCAUCCAGCACAUCCUGGUCAUUCAGAGAAACCCGUUAUCCAGUGAAUGACACCCUUUCCUAUUGGAAAGAGCCGUUCCUUCCUUUCUUCCGGCCUGCAUCCCGUUCCUUUGGCCUCAUUUGUGUUGGACCCACUGAAAUCAAGGGAAAACGGGGAUUCUAUGGAGCCACCUCUUGGGUGCAGGACGGAAACCAAGAACACAGGAAGAAGAAGAAACACUCUCAAGGGGAUGGCCUUGCUGAAUUCCUGAUCUCACUUUCAGAUAAGAAAGGAAAGAAGGAUAGUCAAGGAUCUGAAUUGCAAUUAAACACCCCUAUCGCUGUUGACAUGACGGAGAAAGCAUCUCAAUGCCCGGAGGGCGGGAAGAGCUUCACUCGGAGGGAUCACCUGCAGCAACAUGAAAGGAUUCACACUGGAGAGAAACCCUACACAUGCCUGGAGUGCGGAAAGAGUUUCACUUCUAGUUCAGGUCUACGUUCACAUCAACGGACUCACACUGGGGAAAAACCCUAUACAUGCCUGGAGUGUGGGCAAAGCUUCACUUGGAGUUCAGGUCUACGUUUACAUCGAUGGAUCCACAUUGGGGAGAAGCCCUAUAAAUGCCUGGAGUGUGGAAAGGGCUUUGCUGAGAAUUCAUUUCUACAUAAACAUGAAAGGACUCACACUGGGGAGAAACCCUAUUCAUGCGAGGAGUGUGGAAAGAGCUUCUCUGAAAGUGGAAGUCUGCGUUCACAUCAACGGACUCACACUGGAGAGAAGCCCUAUACAUGCCUGGAGUGUGGACAGAGCUUCAUUCAGAGCUCAAAACUCCGUUCACAUCAACGGACUCACACUGGGGAAAAGCCCUAUACAUGCCUGGAGUGCGGAAAGAAUUUCUCUCAGCAGGCUCACCUGCAGCAACAUGAAAGGACUCACACUGGGGAGAAACCCUAUCCUUGCCUGGAAUGCGGAAAGAGCUUCACUUCUAGUUCAAGCCUACGUUCCCAUCAAAGGACCCACACUGGGGAAAAACCCUAUCCUUGCCUGGAGUGUGGACAAAAGUUCACUCAUAGUUCAGGCCUACGUUCCCAUCAAAGGACUCACAUUGGAGAGAAACCCUAUACAUGCCAGAAGUGUGGGCAGAGCUUCACUCAUAGUUCAGGUCUACGUUCACAUCAAAGGACACACACUGGGGAAAGACCCUAUCCUUGCCUGGAGUGUGGACAGAGGUUCACUCAUAGUUCAGGCCUACGUUCCCAUCAAAGGGCUCACACUGGAGAGAAACCCUAUAGAUGCCAGGAGUGCGGAAAGAGUUUCACUGAGAGUGGAAGCUUACGUUUGCAUCAACGGACUCACACUGGGGAGAAACCCUAUACAUGCCUAGAGUGUGGACAGAGCUUCUCUCAGCAGGCCCACCUGCAGCAACAUGAAAGGACUCACACAGGAGAGAAGCCCUAUACAUGCCUGGAGUGCGGAAAGGGUUUCACUUCUAUUUCAGGUCUACGUUCACAUCAACGGACUCACACUGGGGAGAAACCCUAUACAUGCCUGGAGUGCGGAAAGAGCUUCACUGAGAGUGGAAGCCUACGUUCACAUCAACGUACUCACACUGGAGAGAAACCCUAUACAUGCCUGGAGUGUGGACAGAGUUUCACUUAUAGUUCAGGUCUACGUUCACAUCAACGGUCUCACACUGGAGAGAAGCCCUAUACAUGUCUGGAGUGUGGACAGAGCUUCGCUCAGAGUUCAGGUGUACGUUCACAUCAACGGACUCACACUGGGGAGAAACCCUAUACAUGCCUGGAGUGCGGAAAGAGCUUCACUCGGAGGGAUCAUCUGCAGCAACAUGAAAGGACUCACAUUGGAGAUAAACCCUAUACAUGCCUGGAGUGUGGGCAGAGCUUCACUCAAAGUUCAAGUCUAUGUUCACAUCAAUGGACUCACAUUGGGGAAAAACCCUAUCCUUGCCUGGAUGUGUGGACAGAGGUUCAUUCAUAGUUCAGGUCUACGUUCCCAUCAACUGACUCGCACUGGAGAGAAACCCUAUAGAUGCCUAGAGUGCGGAAAGAGUUUCACUCAGAGGGCUUAUUGGCAGCUGGAGAUCACACUGGAGAUAAACCCUAUACAUUUCUGGAUUGUGGGCAGAGCUUUAUUCGGAGUUCAGGGUCUACGUUUACAUCAGAGGAUUCAGACUGAAGAGAACAAUGCUAUUUGACCCCUGAGAGAUUUCCUAAGACAGAGCUUUCCAAACUUUUCAUGUUGGUGACACUGUGGAAGACUGUAGGUUUUAUAUAGCAAUAUUAAAUGAUCACUCACAAGCCGGUUUUGCUUUGAAAUGAAUAUAUUGCUUGUAUCUCUGCAGCAAAGAAAGACACUACUGAUUUUUUCCCACCACCACUUCCUUUUAUACGCCUUUCUUGCCCAUCUCCCUCUCUUCUCAAUUUCCUUAUUAGAAUUUGUUGCUUCACAAGUUCCCAUACAAGGUUUCCAGUGCCCUUUGCUGGCUUCAAAAUGUCACAGAGAGAGAAUUGAGGCAGCCAGGAUGAUUCAGUCAGGAUGUCACGGAGGGAAUUUGUGAUGUCUUCAUGUCGUCAGGAAUUGACUCCUGACAGACACACACUUUAGACACGCAUUCUUUUGUGACAUAGUAAUUCAGUUUCACUAGCAAACCAACCAGUUAAGCCAACCCCGUAUAUAGGGAUACAUUUUCUAUAAUCUUUGCUGAAUAAACAAUUAUUUUGUA